AUGGACAAAAUUAUCCUGAAGAACCUGAGAUUGGACCUCGCCGUUGGUCUUGAUGCUUGGCGUCGAUGGGGCAAACCUCAGCCUGUCUCCAUCACCCUGGAAGUCCAGCCCGUGUCCAAUUUCGAGGCUGCUGCUGCUCGAGACGACGUCAGUCUCUCUAUGGACUACGGCAAAUUGUACAAGAGAAUCGCCAGCGGUCUAAAAGAGGUUGAUGUUUACCCGGCCAUCCACGUCCUGAUAUCUCGGCUCUCAGAACUCGUGUCGGAAUAUGCUCAACUCGACAUCGAGAUCUUGCUCCCCAAAGCUCUCCUCCCGGCCAAUGGCGGAGUCUUAUAUCGUUUCCAGGUCGACAGAUCAGCUGUUGAAGUUGCCACAUCGACCUUGACCUUGACCAUCCAGCAGAUUGCCUGCAGUUGUAUUAUUGGCGUCAAUCCGCGUGAACGGCUUUACAAGCAAUCGUUGUUCCUCGACAUCAGUUUGCCCGUCAUGACUACCGCCGUUGGACCAGGUCAAUCUGAAGAACCAUAUGAAGCGGCGUUACAUGAUAUGGUUUAUGAGGUGGCCGAGCGAGUCGAGGGCUCGUCAUAUCACACAAUUGAAGCAUUGGCGACGGCAGUGGCCCAAAUCGUUACGAUGAACUACGGCCAUACAGUUGCCAAAGUCCGCAUCGAGAAGCCUAGCGCGAUCACCACUAUCGAUGCGGCCGCCGUUGAGAUUACUCGUAGCAAGACCUUUUUCGAAAACAAAGACUUCUGGAAAGUUAAGCUGCCUUGA